AAAAAGAACUGACUAUCCGCAGUGAUGCUUAAAUAUAUAUACCUUUAUAAACUGUUUUCCUCUCACAUGCUAAGUUAUUUUCACUAAGCUUAUAGUUUAUUUGGUUUGGAAGAAACACUGCAAAAUGUGUGCACAUAACGACAAGGUUUCAAGAGUAGGCUACUAACUGUUAAAACAAUUAGUCUCUUACUAACCAGACAUUGCCUUUCUUUACAAUCUAUUUUAUCAGCAAGGCUCCGUUUUUAAACAUUUUAAAAAUAACAGGAGACAAUUAACAAAACAAACAAAACAAAAAACUCAUAAUAAAAAUGGAAAGCAAGCCAUCUUCUAUAAGAUCAGAAUAUAAAAAUAUAAAACUGCUAUGAAAUUACUUUUCUUUGGAUGUGACAUUUUAAUAAAACAUCCGUAAAGUGAGCUGCAUUAGUAUAGUAUAAGCAACAAACAAACCCAAGCUUUCUGUAAUAACUAGCUAAUUAGCUUGUUUGUGGUUGGCCAUUUGAGAGAAUGAGAUUUAAAAUUAAAAUAAAGCCAACUGCUCCAAUAAUCAUCAUAAAUGUGUUCCAGUCCUCUGCAAACUUUGCACAAAAUGAAGACUGACACAACAAACCUUUUAAAGGAAUAAAGCUUUAUCAUGGAGCACUUCUUGCUAACUGACUACUAAGAGGACCUAUCCCACGGACAAACCUCACAAACUUUUACAUGUUUUCACAAUGUGUUCCAAGUUCAACAUGAUUUUUUUAUAAUACUGAAGAAGAAUGUUAAAACCAGAUAUUUCUAACAUUUUAGAAUAGUGAUUGCAAUGCAGCUAAAUUAGCCUGCGUUAGAUCAUGAAUAACAUAUACAGGAUACUGUAGACCCACGUCAUAAUACCUGCCUACGUAUAAAAGCCCUCUGAAGUUGCAUUUUUGAAUUUCUUAAACUGAAGAGUUAUAUAAACACACAAUUUAUGUAUUUGUAUUUAUGUAUGUAUUAUUGUGUGUUUUUAUUUAUUUAUUUAUUUUUUCAAAGGAAUGCCCAUUUGUUUUUUAGCAUGUCCUAUUUACGUUUUUAGAGGCGUGAUUAAAUUAUACAUAAACAUUUGAAAAACAUACUUUACACCAUUUUUAAGUGGGACAGACAUUCAUUUUCUCUUUUCAGGUCAACGUCUCCGGUUACCAUGGCAGCCUGAACGUCUCCAUGGCGACAGAAAACAUCGACGCCAACGGUCCGAACCUGCUAACUCGGUGGUCACUGGCUUCUCAACGUCAAAUGUAAUUUUUACCGUUCCGUUUUAAGCACCGUUGGUUAGCUAAUCAAGCAUAUUAAUUGUAGCAGCUGCGGUUGUGAGGCCGGUUUUUUCUUUCUUUUAUUUAACUGUUAUGGAAUGUCUGGGAGUAUCAUCUGGCCUAGACCUACAGGCUCUGUCUGCGCUGCUGUCUACUCAGCAGGAGGAUGAGGAGGAGGAGGACUUAAAACAGAAUGCAAGAGCCUGCUCACACCUUGGUCCUGGACACAUUGGGCCCCCACCCAAAAAAGAUAAAGAAGUGUCUACUACUGCUUACACAAAGACCAACAGUAAAGACAUCUGGAGUGAGGAGGAGGUGGUUGAGGGCUCCCAGUAUGACAAUCUGACUGACCCACGACCACAACCUGAGUAUGAAAUCAUGUUGAAGCAGAAUGUGGGAACACAGGAUUUCCUUGGUUUAAGUGGGAAGGACCCAUCUUCAAUGUGCUGUGAAGCCAUGCUGGUGAAAAUAAAACUACCUGACACAGAGGCAACAGAUGUCUUCUUGGAUAUAAAAGAGAAGUUCCUGGAUCUGCGGACACCAAAGUAUAAACUUGGCCUACAUCUGCCCCAUCCCAUCCAGAGUCAAGAGGGCAGAGCUCAGUUCUUUAGCGACAGAAAGGAACUGGAGGUGACCCUGCUGAUGAAGCGACCCAUGGACUCUGUCAACAUGCAGUAAAAGAAGAAUAAAAUAAGUCCUUUCCACUUAAAAAAAAAGCAAACAUCUUGGUCGGAACUUUAAGAUUAUACAUACUGACUUGUUUAGUGCCUAAAAAAAUCAACGAUGGAAGUAAAUCUCAUGUAUUGCUGUGAAUGUUAAAACAAACCCACACUUUUUUUU